AUGGUGUUCCGGCGGACCCCCAAGAUCACCACCGCGCCCAUCUCCGCCGCCGCCCAAUCCGAAUUCGGCGCCCGCACCUCGCCCCUGUGGUGCCGCCAGCUGCUCGCUGACCGCAGCCUGCAGCCCGUCUCCUCCGCCUGGCGCUCGCGCAACCGCGCCCUCACCAACGAGGACUCCUUCCUCGCCAGCACCCUCAACACGCCCGACACCAUCCGCGCCUGGCACGCCCUGUACCGCGCGCUCCCGCCCGACGACGACGAGGACCGGCUGGCGGGCGAGCUGCUGUGCCUGUUUGCGCUCGGCAGCGGCGUCAACGGCCACCCCGACGUGGCCCACGGCGGCGUCACCGCCGCCAUCCUCGACGCUGCUACGGGCUCCGUGGCGGAGCUCUUCAGCACGGAGGGGGAUAGCGCGUUCACGCUGGAGCUGACGGUAAGGUACAGGAGGCCGCUGGCGACGCCGGGCGUGUACGUGUGCAGGUCGUGGGUGCGGCGCCGCACGGAGGGGCGCAAGGCGUGGCUGCGCGCGGUCGUGGAGGACGGCAACGGGACGGUGUAUGCGGAGGGCGAUGCGUUCUGGCUGGAUGUGCCGAGGUCGAAGUUGUAG